UUCAACCAACUACUUAACAUUUGAGAUGGGGUUGUUCCAUCAGUGUAAUAGGAGCUGUUCAAAGAUCGUUUUCUGCACUCUCUCUCUCUCUCUCUCAGGAUGGGAUUGAGGCUGCAAAUCUAUUAAAUAUACAUAUAAAGCACUGUAUGUAUCUGUUGCACACCUAAUCAAAGGUAUGGAUUGUGAAGAUGGUGCUAAAAAGGAGCUUCAAGGAGUGGUUGUUGGUGUAAGAAAAUCAAAGGGUUUUCCUCUUGGUGGGAGUGGGACUAGUCUAGCUUCUAUGGAGUUCUUGUCCAUGCCUCAGGUUCAGGAGGUUGUUCUCUCUGCAGACAUGCAAUGUGAGAAGUGCCAGAAGAGGGUUACUGACAUUAUUGCAAAAAUGAAUGUAGAGACAGAGUCUGUGGUGAUUAACGUUUUGGAAAAGAAAGUAACACUUACUUUCAGAUUACCAUCAAUAGGGAAAGUUACCACUCGGAAAAUUACUCACAUCAACAACAGGAAUUCCCUCCCCAAAGUUGCCAUCAUCAAGCGAUUAUUUCGCUCUUCGCGUGCUUGACCCACAUGUUCAUAAGAAUAUUUUGUAGAUUGAUUUGACUAUGUACAGAAGAAAUAUUUGUGGAUUCAUUUUUUUUUUUUUGGAUUCAUGAUUCAAUUAGUUUGGUGAUUGCAUAAUGAAUUUGACAAAGAAGAAAGGAAGAUUUUGUAUUCAUGACUGAAUCUGUUUUGCUAUUGCUGUAUUAAUUUUGCCCCACUGAGACGAGGGCAUCCACGUAGGACUUUAUUGAA